AUGCCUCCAAAGCGAAAACACACGGGCGACGAUGCCCCGCAGGAGGACGACUCCAAGGGCUACGCCUAUCUCAAACCGCACAUCCGCCGCGUCCCAGAGAAAACCAUCAAGUCGAAAUGGGCCCCUCUACCGGAACCCGUCCAGGGAAAGGUCAUGGACAUGUUCCACUCCCUCGAGCGACCGGUGAUAAUGCGGAAUCAAAAUGAGCGCAAGCGAAUCGAGGCGCAGGGCGCCGUGCAAGCGGUCGUGCGAAAUCUAGGCAAAAGACUCCCGCGAAUGCCGUUUCCGCCCAUAACAAAGGACUCCAACUUCGACUACGAAUCUGCCCUGAAUGAGCACCGCUCACUCGAGGCCCACUUGGCUACGAUGAAUGAUAGCGUCGAUCUACUAAAAGCUGAGAUUGCCAAAGAAGAAGCGCUCCUUGCUAGGGAAACAAAAUCGCUCCAGGAAAUGGACAAGAAUGCGAAACGGGCCGAGGCUGAAAGGAAACGACAGACUAAGAAUGAACACCCCGUGCUCCGACAGUUGGAUGCACUUCCUCGAACUGAGGAUUCUGGGUCCUCUGAGUUCAUGCUUCUCGGCGCGAAAGAUAGUCAAGUGACACUAGAUGAGUUGGAGACCGACCCCGAAGUCCAAGGACUCAUGAAGCAACUACAUGGCCAUCUUCAAUCCAUGGAAAGCAAUAUAGCGCCCUUCGCAGGACUCGGGGAUGCCAUCACUCGUUCACAAGCUGCCUUGGAUCUAUACUCGAUCCCCAAUGACUGA